GAGAGAGAGAGAGAAUGUUUAUGCCGCUUUGAAUCUUUGCUAAUGUUAAUGCGCAUGUCUCAUGGUCUAUGAACGCGUCACUCAGAUGGAUGGAUGAACUUCUGUCACCAUUAAUAACGUUUUUGGGCAGCAGAACAAAUGGCCAUGAUGAGGAUGGUGGUGCUUUUGCUCUCUGUGAUGAUGGUCAAUGUGGUCCUGAUGGAUGCUAAGGUGGAAAGCACUGCAGAAUUUGAUCCAUAUAAAGUUCUUGGAGUCACCAGAAGCGCAAGCCAAGCAGAAAUCAAGAAAGUGUAUAAACGCCUGGCCAAAGAAUGGCAUCCUGAUAAAAACAAAAAUCCUGAAGCUGAAGACAUGUUCAUCAAGAUUACAAAGUCUUAUGAGAUCUUAACAAACGAGGAGAAGAGAGCCAGCUACGAUCGUUAUGGACAAACAGAUAACACUCACCCCUAUGGACGCCACCAUGGUUUCCGCCACUUUCAUGACAACUUUUACUUUGACGAGUCUUUCUUUCACUUUCCCUUCAACAAUAAGGGUGGUCGGGAUUUUGCUGACAGCAAGUACACAUUGCACUUCAACCAGUAUAUCAAUGAAGUUGUGCCUGACAGCUUCAAGAGGCCUUACUUGAUCAAGAUCACCUCAGACUGGUGCUUCAGCUGCAUCCAUAUCGAGCCAGUCUGGAAAGAAACAGUGCAGGAAUUGGAGACUCUAGGGAUUGGAAUUGGUGUGGUCGAUGUUGGUUACGAGCGGCGUUUAGCAAAUCAUUUGGGAGCACAUCAGACUCCUUCGUUUCUUGGUGUCGUCAAUGGAAAAGUGGCUUUCUUCCAUUACGCUGUUGUAAAAGGCCACCUGAUGCAGUUUGUAGAAGAUUUGCUGCCACAGAGACUAGUUGAAAAGGUUACAGACAAGAACUACCAAGAGUUUCUGAAGAGUUGGCAUGAGUUGAACAAGCCACAUGUUCUCCUGUUUGACCAAGUGCCUUCGGUCCCUUUGCUUUAUAAGCUUACAGCAUUUGCCUAUAAGGACUAUGUGCAGUUUGGAUAUGUGGAUCAAGGUCUUUCUGAGACCGCUGACCUGUUAAGAAAAUUCAACAUAAACACUUAUGCACCAACCAUGCUUGUCUUCAAAGAGGACAUUGAGAAGCCUGCAGAUAUUAUACAGGCUAAAGGGAUGAAGAAGCAGAUAAUAGAUGAAUUCAUCUCCAACAACAAGUUCCUUCUGGCCCCUCGUCUGGUGAACCAGAAGCUAUUUGAUGAGCUUUGCCCUGUCAAACAGUUCCAUCGUCGCAGGAAAUAUUGCGUUCUACUCAUCACUGGUGAGGAAGAGUCCUUCACCACAGGAAAUGAAGCCUUCCUUUCGCUAGCCUCCGUGAACACUAAUGAUGUGCUGCGAUUUGCUUACGUCUACCAGCGACGUCAGCAGCCCCUAUGUGAUGUUCUCUUGAAGAACAAAGACAGCACACCACCACAGGUGGUGAUUCUGGAGAGGCGUAACGGAGCUGGGAAGAUUCUAUAUAAGCCAGUUUCGGGAGGUUGGAAUGGCAGUAAGGAAGACAAACACAAGCUUCUGGAGGAACUGGAAAGACUGCAGAAGGAUCCCUCCAUCCUCAACAAUGAUGCCUUUCUCCCAGAGCUCAAUAAUGAGUUCACCUCUAUGUUUUUAAUAAGAUGGAUUUACACUGCAUAUGACUACUUGUCUGAAAUUAUCGAUGAUCUUCUUCACAAUAACUGGCGUGAGAUGAUGCCCCUACUGUCUUUGAUAUUCUCUGCACUCUUUAUUUUAUUUGGCACUGUAGUUAUUCAGGCUUUCAGUGACUCAAGUGAGGAAAAACAUCCCAAAGCAAAAGCAAAAGAGGCAUCCAAUGCAGAGGAUGGUUCGCCGAACACCUCCAGCACUUCCAGCAGUCGCCCACCAAAGAAAAGCUUUGUGGAGGUGACAGAGUUAACCGACAUUACAUACACUAGUAACCUGGUGAAGCUGAGGCCGGGUCAUAUUAAUGUAGUUCUGGUACUUACUGAUCCCACAAAGAACAUCCUGCUCAGCAAGUUUGCCAAGGAAGUUUAUUCGUUUACUGGGAGUUUCACCCUACACUUCUCCUUCCUAAAUGUGGAUAAACACAGCGAAUGGAUGGCGGCCGUGUUGGAAUACGCCCAGGACGCCAUGCAAAUCGACACAGAUGAGGACGAAGUGGGCAGCCGCAAAGUAGACUACACAGGCUAUGUUCUAGCCCUCAAUGGCCAUAAGAAAUACCUGUGUCUUUUCAAGCCAGUCUACACUGGUGAAGACUUGGAUAGUAAGCCGGAAGAGGAAGGAGGAGGAUCCCGGUCCAGGAAGGGCAUGACACGCUCUCGAUCCACAACUCUUCAGAUCCACCACAAACUGGAUCGACUCGGACUCUGGAUGGAGCGACUGAUGGAAGGGACCCUGCCACGGUACUAUGUCCCAGCAUGGCCCGGUCUGGACAAGAUCACUGUCAACAAAUAAAGCCUCAUGGAAGCUAAUAACCCAGUUGCAUUAGAAGCAUCCGAUGGCUUGAAGCUGCUCAGAGCCAGACGCUCUAUGUAAGACUCUGCAGAAGUGACUUUGGCUUAGCAUUGUUGAGGAAAGGAAAACUGUUUGGAGCACUUGAAUUGCCACUGAUGUUGACCUCUUGGAAAUCUUUACUUUAGCUACUCUAAUGGAGGGCUUUAUUUAUUUUGAAAGGCUGUUGGUUGAGAGGCAAAAUACUCAUACAGCUAGCCUAGCUUUCGAUUUGAAACAUUUCUGCUCCAUGAAUAACACUGCAACAUGCUGCUAGUUGAAAAACAGCUAAAUAAUGUAGCGUAACAAAACAUGAUCACUGUAGACUUUUAGUCCUAACUGGUUACUCAUGACAAUGCUGUGAAUUUUUAUGCUUUACCAUUACAAUGAGACGCUUACAUAAUUUUAAUUGAUUACCCUUGAUCUACAAAGUGCAAUAUUUUAUGCUAACAAUUUACAACAGCCUUCAAUGUGUUAACUUUAGUUAAUGCAGUGAAUUAAUUGAAACAAUGCACAAUGCUUUCGCAGCAUUGAUUAAUUAUGGAUAACGUAUAUUUCUAUAGUAAAUAUACUAAUACAUUUAACUAAUUUCAAAAUUGUGGUUUAUUGUUAGUUCAUGAUGCUAAAUGCAUUUAACCAAUGUUAACGAACUGUUACCACAUUUUAAUGGUUUACUUGGAAUUCCUUACCCCCCUUAAAUAAUAUAAAACCAAAAUCAAAUACUUAGGCAAUUUUGAGACCUUUAAGAAAAGUUUGUUAUAAUUCAAAACAAAACUAAAAAUAUAAAAAUCUGCCAUUUGGAAACCUGCACCAUUCGUAAUUUUUUAAAAUAAUUUUAACAAAUUUUCCCUUCUUUUUUCAGUGCAAAUUUCUUAGCAUCUUCCAACUGGCGCAACUUUACAGCAAUACCCAUAGAACAUGAACUGUGCUUCAGUCCCAAGAUGUAAAUAGUUACAUAUCAUUAAAUGUAUAUGUAAAAAAUAUAAUAUGGAUUUGUGUCUCUAAAAUAUAAGAAAGAUUCCAGAUGUUCUUAGCAGAUUGAUAGUGUAAGUAAAGGGUGAAACAGCUCUUUAUUAACCUGAACAAGUCACAUUCAGUUAUAUAGUGCAGCUAUAAAACGAGCAGGUAAAGCUUUAAAGAAUGACAAAGAGAUCCAGAAACCUUUAUAGUUUCAAGUUGUGUUUAGAUUAAAAAUGUGUUGUGGCAUGCAAAGCAUACUCUCCACAGUACAAAACUGAAGAAAUAAUACAUACUUGAUCUGAAGUAUUUUGUACUAUGCAUUUCAUGUUUGCUGUAGAAAAGCGUUUGUCUCCUUCAUGUUGUGAUGUUUCAUUUGUUAGCAGGAUUUAGUGGUUAAUGCAUUUGAUUAGCUAUUGCAUAUGCACAGAAAGGUGUGGGUGAGUUAAAUCCACUCCUGUAUGAAGUCUUCCAUUACUGACAUAUUUUGAGCGAUGAAUUAUAUUACUUUAUUCAUAUGGUGUUCAAUGAACAUUCAUUAUAC